CAUCACACCUGAGAUAAGAUUAGCUCCUCCCUUGUUGGUUUUAAAGGACUGAGUUUUUUCCUUUGCUAGAUUUUACACGUCACACUUUCAGCCUUACAAGGGAAAAAAAUGCCCUUCUGUUCCGAUUUAUGUCAGGGCUUGCUCGCCAGCACAAGAGAAUGUAUGUCUGCACCCUUGACGCGGAAGAAAAUGAUGGUGCUAGGAGGCAUCAUAGUCUUCCUCAUCAUAUUCAUCAUAAUCCUCAUCGCUACUUUGUCGGGCGGCGACGACGGAGGAGGAGGAGGAAGUCCCCAAUUCAAAACGGGAGGUGACGUUAUAUUGAAAGUCCCACUCGUCGUCGGGCGGAACGGACUUCCUUACCAGCUCAAGACGAAGUUGAACGACCAGCUCAAGAACGUCAACUUCAGCCAACGUCUACCCGAUGGCGAUCCGUCAGCGAUGCGAACCGGUCAUGUCGGCGUACAGAUCUGGACGGUCGGUGUCAACUGCACUGCGACACAGUACAAAGACACAAUUCCGCAGAUUCUCGAACAAAUCGACGUACUCAAGAGGUACACGAAGAUCAUGAACUUCACGAUUGCCACAGAACCGACAGAUUUGAAUACCGCAAAACCUGGGAGUGUGGUGGGUCUGGUGGGACUGGACGGCGCAUACGUGCUCGACUCUCGCCCGGCGAUGCUCCGCACAUAUCACGAGCUAGGGGUCCGCGUCAUCUCGCUGGCCAACAUUUGCGAAACUCCCUGGACCAAGAUGGCCGGUCCAAACGUGUUGAGCCCUUUCGCAAAAGCGGUCGUGGAAGAGGCGAACAACCUCGGAGUCAUGAUCGAUCUCACCGGGACGAGCAAGGAGUUGCAGCUGGCGGUUAUGAACGUCUCGAGGUCUCCGGUCGUAUUCACGGCUUCCAAUUACAACGAUUUGGUCAAAAACAGUCUGAAUGUUGGAAACGAGACCCUCGAUCUAAUAAAAAAAACGAACAGUUUGCUCAUGAUCUCAUUGUCCGAAGAACAGAUUUGCACCAAGGACCAAACGUGCAACGUUGAUCAGGUGGUCGCCAUGUUCGCCGCCUUGAAGACCCAUGUCGAGGCGAAAAAUCUGGGAAUUGGAGGAGGAUUCGGAUACGAUGGAAAGGGCUUCGCUGUCACCGGCGCGACGUCGUUUUCAGCACUUUUUGAUUCGCUCCAUUCUAAAGGUCCAAAGUUCAGCUUUGAAGAUCUGAAAUUGAUCGCAUAUACAAACUUCGCGAAUCUGUUCAGAUCGGUCAAAAACAAAGCGAAUCUUAAAGCGGAUCCUCUAGAGUUCUACGUGCCGAGCACGGAUUACCCUGACGGUGCCAUGAAGUGUAUCUCAGAUUUCGAUAUUAGGUUUCCAAAUUCUACUAAACCGACUGAAAAGCCCCCCAAACAAUUGGACUGAACUAAAAAAAAAAUCAGAAAU